AUGGACGUCGUGCAAACAAUCGCCUCGGCCGCGCAGCUGGUGUCUGCAAUGGUGUCCGCGGUGGGAGCGCUGGAGCAGGCGGCCGCGGACGCCGCUGAGGCUCCAAGGAGGCUCCAGGUGCUCGAGGACUUCGUGUCGGACCUUGAGGUGUUGGUGCAGCAGGCUAAGCAGAAGCACGCGCACAAGAUGCACGGCCCGCAGCUGGAGCGCCAGUUUCAGAGCUUGAGCAGGCUCAUGGAUCAGCUCCGUGCCAAUAUCAUCAAGGCGAGGCGAGCCUUGAAGAAAGGGAAAGGGAAGGGCUUGGCUAGGGUGGUUUGGAGCUCGGUGGUGGGAGACCCCCUCAUGAAGUACAUUCAGCUGAUCAGAGAUGACCUCAACUGGUGGCUGGAAUUGCAGAAGUUGACAGAGAACGUAGGCAAAGCUAUAGCGUCUACUGCUAAGGCCACGCCAUCGUUGGUCAGAGUCAAGUCUGAGCAGGGCUAUCCAGUGUCAGAGAAGUGUGGCUAUGUUAGGGACAUUUUGGAGAGAGAUGAUGGUCAUCGAGUUGUCCUGAUUGUUGGAUUAUCUGGUAUUGGGAAGUCGUGCCUCGCUCGACAAAUAGCUUCUCAGCCGCCUGGUAAUUUUGUGGAUGGCGCAAUUGAGCUCAGUUUUGGCCGGUGGUGCAGUAGAGCAGCUUGUAAUGGAAGCAGAAGUGAGUACCAUAAACGUCUUGUUAGGAAGAUAAGCAAAUUGCUAGUGCAGAUUGGUUCCAUGACUGUCAACGAGGACACGAGCAAAGAUCUUGAAGAUGUGUGUUGCUUACUUCAGAACGCGUUGGUUGGAAAGAGUAUGUUAAUACUACUCGAUGACGUCUGGGAGCAAGACAUAGUUGAUCGCUUCACCAAGCUAUAUGGUAAUGGUUGCCGGUAUCUUGUGACAACAAGGGAUGAAGCAGUUUAUGAGAUAGCAGAAGCUGAAAAGGUAGAAAUAUCCAAAGAUGACAUCAAGAAAAUCAGCAAGGGCAUUCUUCUCUAUCAUAGUCUGCUUAGUGCUGAAGAGCUUCCGCCUGUUGCAGACGACUUGCUGGACAGUUGUGGGCACCAUCCCCUUACAGUUGCUGUCUUAGGUAAGGCCCUAAGGAAGGAGACCAGAAUGGAAAAAUGGGAGAAAGCAAUAUCCAACCUUUCCACAUAUGCAACUUGUGCACCAGGUCCAGUUUCAUAUGUGAACGAGAAAGAAGUUGAGACCACCUUGACCAUAUUUGGAUCUUUUGAGUUCAGCUUGGAAGCAAUGCCUGAAAAUUCACGAAGGUUUUUCAUGGUUCUCGCAGCUAUUUCAUGGGAAGAACCUGUUCCAGAGGCAUGCCUUGAAUCCGUCUGGUCAGCACUUGUGCAGGACAGUUUAUUCCCUAUUGUGGUUUCAAAACUAGUAGAAGGCUCACUCAUCAUCAAACUGGAAUACCAAUCGAUGUAUCAUAUGCAUGACAUGGUUUUUCUCUACCUUGAGAACAAAGCAAAUGAUGCUGCUCAUACUCUUCUGACCGAUUCAUUUCCUGAGUAUGCUGCAUUGGUGGCUCCUUGGCUUUUUAUUUUUGGCAAAGAGACCGUGAAAGGGCCAGCUGAGCAGAAGAUGAGAUCAUUCUUUUCUUUGCUAGAGUUCAUGGAGAUUGAAAUCUUACUGGGAAGCACCACCCAAGCUCUCAUGGCAUGCAAAUCAAUACCUGAAUUUGAGGCUAGCAGGCUUGGCUUUAGCAAAAUGCUUGGACCUCGAAUAGCGGAGCUAAUUUCUGUUGGGUCACAAGCUCUUAUUGUUGCUGUCACUAAAGCUAUUACAGUCGUCUUUUUCCAAGGAGACUAUGCAAAUCUCGCCCAAUCUAUUGAAACAGCAGGUUCUGUUGAUAAAUUAAUAUGUGUUCUUCGUGGCUAUGUGGAUUCUUCAUCUCUAGCCAACGUUUCUGCUGUUCUUGCCAAGGUAUCUGAGCAUGUCAGUGCCAAAACUGCCGACGAGAUUUUGUCAAGCAUUCCCAUGGACAAAAUUGCAGAACUACUGUCUCCAGAAAAUGAGGAGUGGCAUGAAAUUGUGUUCACAACUCUAGCAUCACUGAUAAAAGUGGGAAAUUUAAUGGCUGUUGAGAUAAUGAUCGAAGCAGGAGUUGACAAGAAGCUCCUUGUACUUUUAGGUUGCAGUUCUGAGAUCUCACAGCAUCAUGCAAUUAUCAUGCUGAAAACUUUCUGUGAGCUUGGUGCGCCACUUAAAGAGUGCAUGGGGCCUGGACUGUUGAUUCAUUUGCCAUGGCAUGCUCGGCUUGCCUUGGAGAGGUUUGUUUUAUCUGACCAAAAUGUAGCCCCAUCACCGAAGCCUCAAUACUUUGAGGUGCUUCUUCACAGGAUUCUACAGACAGACAGCAAAGAUAUCAUUGAAGCUAUCCAAGGUUUAUUACCUCUUGCUGAGAGGGCUAACGAUCCUAGGGUGCAAGAUCUUCUUUUGGGAAGCAAUCUGUGUGAUAGGUUGGCAUUUCUGCUGCAGCGCAGAGAACCCGAAAACAACCAAGUGAGGUCUCAGACUGCCUUUCUGGUAAUGAAAUUGGCCUGCACCGGAGCAGAGCCAUACAUCCGUAGGUUCUUGGAGCUUAAUAUUGUGCACGAGCUCAUUGCCAUGAUGCAGUCCUCUACCAAUGACCUCCAGGAUUCAGCAUACCAUGCUCUCCAUCAAAUCGUGUAUGCAAAGGGAGGAUCACUAGUCUUGCAGAGGUUUUUACAACUAGGAACUAUAGAAAAAUUGGUCAAUCUGCUCGACCGUAAGUGCGUCAAGACAAAGGACCUCACGGUGCAACUUCUGGUGGACAUUGUGGCAGUCGGAACCAAACCCUGCAUACAAAGAAUGCUCUCUUCCCAAGUCAUCGAGAAACUUGUUUCCCUUGAGAAAGCAGGUGGGUCUUUCAGCGGGUCAGUGUCAAGAUAUAUCCACGGAUUGAACAUGUGCGAGAAUAUCCAGUCUGCUGAGAGAGCAGUGAUGAAGCAGCAUAUUUUGAGGAAAGUGAGAUCGGCGGUGAGAGGGCAUGAUCUGGAGACGAGUCUAAUUGCUUCUGUGGAGGUCUGCGUUUCUGAAGGCACAAAAGGAGCCAGCAGUAGCAGGAGAAACAAGUAG